ACUGGAGACCUCUCRGGUCACAGACUGAAUCAGGGAUAUUGUUGCAUCCUGGAUACAUUCUCUAAUUCUGGAUGUCAGGACCUCAAUUUUCUGUYCUGAUUUUUUUAAGGAGGGUUUUACAAACUUCACUCGCUGUUGUUUUUAAAAUGCUUCYAGCUGCCAGUUUGCCAAUCAUUUUCACCUUGUUUCUGCAGAGCAGUGCCAUAGUUAUGGCAGAAGAUGAGUGCCCGUCUGAGUGCUCCUGUAGCCCCUCACCCCUGCAGUGCCCACCUGGUGUCAGUUGGGUGACUGACUCCUGUGGCUGCUGUAAAAUCUGUUCUCGGCAGUUCAACCAGGACUGCAGCGCCACCGAACCCUGUGAUCACAUCAAGGGGCUACGCUGCCACCUGGGGGCUGGAGGAGAUUCCAAGAGGGGGCUGUGUCGAGCUGAGGCCCAUGGUUUGCCCUGCACCUUUAAUGGGCGUUUCUACCAGCACGGUGAGGACUUCCAGCCUGUCUGCCAGCACCAGUGUACCUGCAUGAAUGGUGUGGUGGGCUGCACGCCUCUGUGUCCUUACCAGGUGCCCCUGCCCCRUCAGCGCUGCUCCAAGCCAAGGUUGGUCAAGCCUGAGGGUGGCUGCUGUGAAGAAUGGGUGUGUGAUGAUGAUAACUACAUCAGCAAGGAGCUGCAGGAGCAGAAGACACUUUCCUCCCAGUCGGACAGCCAACCUCACCCCAACCACAUCAAUGCCCUUCUUCAACCUCAACACCUGCCUGCCCCAUCCAGAGAAAUGGUGUCCUUCCCCAUGUCAGAGGUGUUGUUUGAGCCACGUUGUUUCCUGCAGACCACCGAGUGGACCCCGUGCUCUACCACAUGUGGGAUGGGCAUUUCCAGCAGAGUGACUAAUAAUAACCCGGACUGUCGACUGCUUAGAGAAACCAGGCUGUGUGAGAUCCAACAGUGUGAGCUUCAGCUUCCUGUACUCAAAAAGGGAAGGAAGUGUCAGCGAACUGUCCGUCCACACGAAGCAGUCAGGUUGACAUUUGCUGAUUGCUCGACAGCACGGCGGUUACGCCCUCGCACCUGCGGGACCUGCACUGAUGGUCGCUGCUGCWCCCCGUCUGUCAUCCGCACCGUGCGCCUCCUCUUCCACUGCUCCGAUGAGGAGGUGUUCUACAACGUCAUGUGGAUCCAACGCUGCCGCUGCAGCAAGAGCUGCCACACAGACAGUGAGACCUCAGGCCCUUUCGUCAGCCUCUACAACGACAUCCACAUCUUCAGGGACUGAGGCUGACUCACUAAGCCCAGAAGAGACCUUGAACCCCCCCCC